AUGUUUCUGCUGUCCGCUCUCCUAGUGGUCGGUGUUUUGUGGUGCCUAAGUGUAGCCUGGCCGUGGUAUCGUUAUUGGAGACGGGCCAGGAAACUCAACUUGCCUAUAAUUCUCAGCCCCACUUCCCCUGGAAGUCUUUUAUGGCGAUGUGUGCAAUAUGCUUCGCAUUAUCGUCUCCUUCCAGAUCUCUUGGCCAACCUAGCCUUGAUCAGAUUAACGAAGCCUAACUGGCAAUUUCGCGAGAAAUUUUCGAUCUACAGCGACUACGGACCGAUCUUCAUUCUAGUGACACCAACGGGAUAUGAAUUGUUUGUCGCAGACAGGGAUGUGGCGCGGGACAUCCUUUAUCGUCGAAACGACUUCCCUAAACCAAUCCAUCUGCUGAAACCAUUGGACGUUUUUGGGAAGAAUAUAGCGUCGGUCGAGGGGUCGGAGUGGAAACUACACCGGAAAUUGGUUGCGAAGGCGUUCCAUGAGAAGGUCAACGAAGCCGUAUGGACCGUGUCCGCCGAGCAGACCAAGGCGGUCUUGGAUAACUGGCUGAAUGGCCACUCCGUGCAAAGCACCCGAACCGAUAUGACAACGCUCAGUUUGAAUGUCCUUUUCAAAGCAUGCAUAGACGUCAACGAAGACAUUGGUGAAAAGCCAGGCACCGUUGAAUCCUGCCAGUCUAACCUGACGAACUUUUUGAAUGAUAUCACGCGUCCAAGGCGUUUUGGAUAUCGGACAACUCAUAAAGUCAAAGCUAAUGUAAGGGCCCUUGGGGCUUCGUUGAACAAUAUAGUUGCGAGCAGAUUAUCAUCUUCGACUCCGAAUUCCCAGGCUGAUCUGCUAUCCUUCUUGCUCGAUUCGGCAACCGAUAUUGGCUUGGCGCGCGGGAAUAUUACCGGAAACCUGUUCAUGGUCAUGUUUGCUGGGCAUGAAACUACUGCUAGUGCACUGGUUUACAUGAUAUACCUUCUAGCUGUUUUCCCCUCUUAUCAAGAUUGGGUCAUUGAGGAAGUCGACCGCUUUUUCGGCGAGAAAACGGCGUGUGACAUUUUGAGUUACAGUCAAGUGUAUCCUCGCAUGAUCAGACUGCGAGCUAUACUGUACGAAACGUUGAGACUAUACGGCCCGGUUCCCACCCUUCCCCGGGGGACGAACAGCCAUGAUCAAAUUGUCCGAACACCUAAUAAACAGAUAGUCGUUCCGAAGAACACUCGAAUCAAUAUAAGUGUUAUUGGUUUGCAUACCGACCCAGAUUUCUGGGGCCCUGACUGUUCCGAAUGGACACCUAGCAGGUGGAUCGAUCAGACCACCACCGGCUCUGAUCAAGAACGACUCUCUAGGCUUAAAACCGAUUCCCUUUUCGCCUGGUCGAAUGGUCCACGCGUAUGCCCUGGACAAAAGUUCUCGCAAGUCGAAGUAUUCGCAGUUCUCGUCCAUUUGCUUCAAAGACACCGAGUCGAAGUCGUUCCUCGACGGGGCCAGGACAUGAAGGAGGCCCAGAACCAGGCAUAUUCUAUAAUUGAGGAAAGUCGAGUAGGGCUCACAUUACACAUCCCGCGAGCCGAGUUGGUAAAUAUUAAGUGGAUAGAGCGAUAG